CAGGAGCACUAUACAACGGGUGGAUUACUGGGCCUCCAUAAAGGGUCUCUAGUGUAAGAAUACGUCCAAUAUAUAUCGAGACAGGAGAAAAUAUCCAUAAAAAGAAACAUAAGAGGAUAGAACAACAGGUGAAAGGGAGGUAGAAAAGGUGUCAAAGUACACUCGAAAAGCUGCACUGUACUUCAAGGAGCGUUAAUAUGGCACAUGCUGACCUGGCAUCUUAGUGGGCACCUUGUGCAUUGACAUGCUGCUGUUUCCCAAGAUCUUGGAGUAAAACAAGGUGUCGGUCUAAGGGAUACACAAGUUCUGAGGAUGUGACUGAAGUAAACUUAGAAGAGGACGAGGAGGAGACAAACUAAUCAGAUGUCAAACUGAAGGGCUGAGAUGAGUAAGGCUUCAAGAAGAAGUACAACAGUGUGACUCAGUCUUGAGCAGCAUCUCUUUAAGAGAUCAGUAAUCCCACAAUCCCCAAGGCAGCCACUGGAGAGGACAAGAAACAGAAAAACGCAGGUAAAUUGAGAAGGAAAGGGAAUGAGACAGAGAAAGCGGGUGAAAGAGGCACAGAGGAAAACUAACCAUUGGGAUCAGGGUGACGUCAGCGGCUCUCUGGAUUGAGGUGUUGAGUCCUCCUGAUUAUAAUCUGAUCUGAUUAGGAAACACAGGGAAAAAAUCUCCAGAGCCUAUGCAAACUCUCCAGGGAGCAAGACGUUGUUUUUACUGAGUGGAGAGACCAAGGACCAGGAACAAAACCAAAAGAGGAAUCUAUAUGCAGUUAAGGCCUAUUUCUGAAAAGAGUAGGCUACGCUAAGGAGUCUAGUCAACUAGACUUUAAUUUACUUGUCCAAUUAAUCAAGUCACAUAGAGGAACCAGCUUUGUAAGUCUGCUGGCUGUUCAGCUUUUUCUCUGGACUUUAACACUCUCUGGCUUGUGGGUUGUAAGCCAGGAUGCCCUCCAAUGGCAGCAAAGCCCUUAAGCUUCAAUUCGGGCUUAUUAAUCAUGAGAAUCGCUACCUAACGGCGGAGGCCUUCGGGUUCAAGGUGAACGCUUCAGCUCCAAGCCUCAAGAAGAAGCAGAUCUGGACUCUGGAGCAAGACGAUCAGGAUGGUCAGGUGGUUUACCUUCGUAGUCACCUAGGGCGCUACCUGGCCUCUGACAAAGAUGGCAAGGUAAGCUGUGAGGCUGAGACUAAAGAGAAUGACUGCCGCUUUCUGAUUGUGGCACAGUCAGAUGGCCGCUGGGCCCUGCAGUCCGAGCCAUAUCUGCGCUUCUUCGGAGGUUCAGAAGAUUACUUGUCAUGCUUUGCUCAGACCAUUGGCGAGGCAGAACUGUGGGCCAUGCAUCUAGCCCUACACCCACAAGCUAAUCUGCUUAGUGUGGCCCGAAAACGCUAUGCCCACUUGGCAUCUCCAGAGGGAGAGAUUGCUGUAGACUGCAACAUCCCAUGGGGUGUUGAUGCACUUCUAACUCUUGUGUACAUGGACGGCAAAUAUUGUCUUAAGACCAGUGACAGCCGCUUUCUGAGCAAUGAUGGGAAACUGUCCUCUGAAAAUGGCCGUGGUACAGGCUACACCUUGGAACUGAAAUCAGGUAAACUGGCCUUCAAGGACUGUGAGGGGAAGUACUUGACCCCCAUGGGGCCCACUGGAACUCUGCGCUCUGGACGAUGCUCCAAACCUGGCAAGGAUGAGCUGUUUGAUCUUGAGGAAAGCCAUCCGCAAGUGGUGUUUCAGGCCGCCAACAACAGAUUUGUCUCCAUUCGACAGGGUGUGAGCGUCUCAGCCAAUCAGGACGAUGAGACAGACAUGGAGACGUUUCAAAUGGAAAUUGAUAAAGAUACAAGAAAGUGCAAGUUCAGAACCAAUGAAGGGAAUUACUGGACGCUCGUCGCUCACGGAGGCAUUCAGUCAACAGCCACAGAAGCUGGUGCCAACACCAUGUUUGACAUCGUGUGGCUCGGUCGACGGGUGGCACUGCGGGCCAGCAAUGGAAAAUAUGUAUGUACUAAGAAAAACGGCCAGCUUUCUGCAGUCAGCGACUCUGUGGGCGAGGACGAGCAGCUGAUUCUGAAGCUGAUCAACAGGCCUAUUCUGAUCCUGAGGGGAGAAAACGGCUAUGUUUGCCACCACAAGAACUCAAACACGCUGGACGCCAGUCGCUCGGUUUAUGACAUUUUCACACUGCAGUUCAGCGAUGGCGCAUACCACAUUAAAGGUGCUGGCGGAAAAUUCUGGUAUGUGUCCAGCAGUGGUUUGGUGUGUUCAGACGGAGACACGCCUGAGGAUUUCAGCUUUGAGUUCUUAGAGCACGGACGGAUAGCGAUUAGAGGCAAAAACGGCAAAUACCUGCGGGGAGAUCAGGGCGGGAAUCUGAAAGGAGACGGGGAGACGGCGGACAGCUCUUCCCUCUGGGAAUACUGACAUCUUGUGGACACUGAAUGAACUGCCACAUUUUCAGAUGAGAGAAAAUACAUUGGUAAAACUGAGGUGUUAUGUUUGGACAUCUGUUUUCUCAUCAACCGGCAUUUGAUUUAGAGUCAGUAUUCAGCAUUACGCAUGUAUUAUUUAUUAUUUCUGGUUUAUAGUUCUAUAAAACGGGAGCCUGUAAAUACCAAUAAGAAAAACACAACAAGACCUGAACCUUAAUCAUAUCAGCUCACUAUCGCACACUAUUCCAUAACACGCUAUAAUUGUGGCAAAAUUAAAUACGUUUUAUUCCCUAUUGUGAUUUAUUUGCUUUCUUAAAAGGGAUAGUUCACGCAAAAAUGAAAACAUACUCAUUAUUUACUCUCCCUCAAGUGGUUCAAAACCUAGUUUCCUUCUUCUGUUCAACACAAAAUACAUUUUUUUGAAGAAAGCUGAAAUUCUGUAACCAUUGACAUCUGUAGUUAGCCAUAAUACUAUGGAAGUCAAUCGUUACUGGUUUCUAGCUCAAAAUAUAUUUGGAUCAGUCAAACAGGUUUGGAACAAGCGAAGAGAGAAAAAGAGUGUAAAUGAAUUUUUAUUUUUGGUUGAACCAUCUCUUUAAAACCAUCUGGAAAGAUUUUACAGUCAUUACAAUAAAAUCCUGUCUGUUAAUUCUGGAGGAAUGAAUCUCAUUUACUGUAAGCCGCAUCAUGUUUCUGCUCUGAAUUGAAUUGGCUUUCAGUACAUCAGCAUUGAAUCCUAGGCCAGUGUUGCCUGUUGCUAUGUCCUCUAUAUGCUGGUUGUAUUCCCAGCAACACAAUGCUAUUCAUGAAGGCUUGUUUUUCAAAUGAACUGCUG